AUGAGUUAUUAUGAAAAUGAAAAUUUGUAUUCAUACCUUGAUGAAGCACUAGGAACCUUAUGUUGGAGAGAUAUAGUUGAAAUGCUUUGGGAAAUAUCUGGUGGCAUUGAAUAUAUUCAUGAAAGUGAGUUAAUUCAUAAAAAUCUUCAUGGAGGUAAUCUAUUAGUUGAAGAUAAUCAAAAUUUCAUUGAUAUACAUAUUACUGACAUGGGAUUAUAUGGUCCAACUGAUAACAAAGACUCCAAUGAUAUAUAUGGAGUUCUCCCUUAUGUAGCUCCUGAAAUCUUGCAAGGAAAUUCACAAACGAAAGAAUCGGAUAUUUAUAGUUUUGGAAUUAUUAUGUGGACAUUUUCUGCAGGUAUUCGUCCAUGGUGCAAUAGACCACAUAACCUUUCAUUAGCUACGGAAAUUUGUUCCGGACUUCGUCCUGAAAUUAUUGAUGGAACCCCUGAUGUUUACAUUCAAUUAAUGAAACAAUGUUGGAAUUCUGAUCCUUUAGAACGUCCAACUGCAUCACAAAUAAAUGAAUUGUUAGAAAGUUGGAUAACUGCUAUAUGUGAUGAACCAGAUCAAUCCGAGUUAUCCGACCAAUUUGAUAUUGCCGAAGAAAAAAAAUUUUCAGAUUUAAUAAAAAUCAAAUUUCAAAAACAAAUUAUUCAUCCUCAGGCGUUUUAUACAAGCAGGCACUUGUAUUUCCCUGAAUUAGUUAAUCAUAUUUAA